GAGAAAAUGUAUCAUCAUACAGAGUAACAUAUGGUGUUAUUAGGAAAAAACGUAUCCAAAACCCUAUAGAAAAUUAUAAGUGUGGUGUAACCUGUUUUUGAGCUACUCUUAAUUUUUUUUAAAGGCAAAUUUGUCUCACAGCCUGCAGGAUCGUGGGUUUAAUCUAUACAUUUGUGACAAGGAUAAACAGUUUUGAGGACUGCAUAGACCAAUCAAUGACCUAGUUUCAAUCUCCUGUGACCAUGGCAAUAUGGCGGCAAUUCCUUGGUCUCUCGACAAGAGUGCCAAGGCAGGAUGGCCGCCUGGUUGCUAGGCCGACCAGAUCACUGGUUGCUAGGGAAGGUGCUCCGCGUAGGCUGAAUUUGUCCUGGAGCUGCUGUCAGGCACUCCAUAGACAGUAUUCAACAAAAGCUGAGGCAGAUGAGAAAAGCUCGUUGCCGAGGCAAGCCAGGGUGGUGAUAGCAGGGGGUGGAGUAAUAGGGACCUCUGUGGCAUACCACCUUGCCAAACGGGGCUGGACAGAUAUUGUGCUGCUAGAGCAGGGAAGACUUGGCUGUGGGACCACCUGGCACUCUGUUGGCCUCGUUACUGCAGGAAAGGAUGAUCCCAACAUGAUGAAGUUGCUGAGGUACAGCAGACAGCUCUAUGAAGGGUUUGAGAAUGAGGAAGAUGGCGGACUUGGCUGGAAGAAAGUGGGCAGCCUGGAAGUGGCACAAACCAAGGACAGAAUGCUGGCCCUCAAAAGGAAACUGGCCAUGCUCAAAUAUGUUGGAGAGGAGGCUGACCUUUUGCUGCCUAAGGAAGUGAAGGAAAAGUGUCCAUAUGUGAAAUACACUGACCUUCAGGGAGCCCUGUGGAUGCCGAAUGAUGGUGUUGUUACUGCCCCUGAUGUGGUCUCAACCUUUGCGAAGAAAAUCAAGCAAAUGGGUGGUAAAAUAUUUGAGGGUGUACAAGUGAAUAGUGUUCUCACGAAGGAUGAUACGGUGUCUGGGGUGGAGACCAAUCUGGGCACUAUUAACUGUGAAUACUUUGUCAACUGUGCUGGUCAGUGGUCAAGAGAACUAGGCCUGAAGUCCUCACCCAAGGUGCGAGUUCCAGUGCACUCAUGUGAACACUUCUACAUCGUCACCAAGCCUAUUCCAGACAUGGACAGAAACAUGCCAGUUAUUCGAGACCCGGAUGGCAAUGUGUAUUUUCGUGAGUGGAAUGGGGGAAUAAUGGCGGGAGGGUUUGAGCCUCCACACCAUGGUGGCAAACCAGUUUUCCAUUCUGGGAUCCCACCAAAGUUUGAGUUUCAGCUACUUCCCGAAGACUGGGACCAGUUUCAGAUCCUGCUAGACGGCAUAUUGAACCGCAUGCCCCUGAUUAACGAUGCUCAGGUUCGACAACUUGUGAACGGACCCGAGAGCUUCACUCCAGACCAGAACUGGAUCCUUGGCCAGUCAGCAGAGGUAUACAACUACUAUGUUGCUGCUGGCAUGCAUUCCCGCGGCAUCCAGGCGGCGGGUGGGGUGGGUCGUCUCAUCUCGGAGAUGAUAGUGGACGGCCUGCCGCAGUUCACCAACCUCUGGCAGUGCGACAUACAGCGCUUCGUGCCUCACCAUAGCAACCGCAAGUUCCUCAGGGACCGCGUCAAGGAAACCAUAGCAUUGUAUGAUCUGAAGUACGCUAAUAGCCAGUUUUCAAGUGGUCGGAACCUGCGGACGUCCCCCAUCCACACUCAACUGAAGGUGUAUGGUGCGAACUUUGGAGAGACAAACGCCUACGAGAGAGCAAUGUGGUUCACCCCUAAACACGAGGAAGAUGUGGAUGAAUAUCUUGAUGAGAGCGCCAUGUUGAAGGGCACGUUUGGCAAGCCGGGCUGGUUCAAUGCAGUGAAGCUUGAAUAUCAGGCAUGCAAGGAGCGCGUCUGCAUCGUGGACAUGUCCUCCUUCACCAAGAUUGAAAUCAAGUCAAAGGGCUCGGAGGCCCUAGAUUUCCUGCAGUACAUGUGCUCCAAUGACAUCAACCAUGGUAUUGGCACAGUGAUCCACACUGGCAUGCUCAACAGCCAUGGUGGAUAUGAGAAUGACUGCAGUAUAGUGCCCCUUAGGGAUAACACUUUCUUCCUGAUCGCACCCACACAGCAGCAGACCCGCUGCAUGUUCUGGCUCCAGAAGCACCUGCCAAAGGAUGGCUCCGUUCAGGUGCGCGAUGUCACCUCCAUGUACUCAGGCAUCAAUCUGAUUGGUCCACACGCUCAGCAGUUGCUUAGUGACGUCACGGAGACCUCCACUCUGACGCACAAGUUUAAACCAAUGACCUGCCAGGUGAUAGACGUUGGCUAUGCCAGCAACAUCAUCACCAUGAGACUGACCCACUGUGGGGAGGACGGCUUUGUCAUGUACAUUCCUUCAGAGUACGCUCUACAUGUUUAUGAGAUGCUGAUGAAUGCGGGCAAGGAUUAUGGGAUACGAAAUGCGGGCUACCUGGUGAUACGGCACCUGCGUAUCGAGAAGAUGUUUGCUUACUGGGGCAUUGACAUGGACCCCUACACCACGCCUGUUGAGACUGGCAGAGAGUUCCGUGUAGUGCUGGAAAAAGACUUCAUCGGCAAAGAGGCAUUACUUAGGCAGAAGAAGGAUGGCAUCAGUAAAAAGUUUGUACAGUUCCAGUUGGAAAGCUUUAAUCUGGACGCCCCUGUAUGGCCGUCUGGAAAGGAACCUAUUUAUAGGAACGGAAAACUGUGCGGCAUGACUACCUCCGCUGCAUACGGCUUCACGUUGGGCCAGUUUGUAUGCCUCGGCUACCUGCAUCAUCUCAAUGAGCAGGGGACACCAGAGAUUGUGGUCACAAAGAAAAUCCACGACUAUAUCAAGGACCCGAAGGCCAAGUAUGAAAUCGAUGUGGCCGGUACCCUGUAUCCUGUCAGUGUAGGGCUCUACACCCCACGGAUGGCUUACAAGGCACAUGAUAAGCCAACGUUCUUACCAAUGCCAGAAACUACGUAACUUAGUAACUAAUUACCCAAAGGAAGCUUAAGGGCAUUGUGUAAUGUGUAACUAUAGGUUAUCCUGCAAUAGUGACAGUGUUUCUACUGCCAGUGACUUGGAAGACAAUUAGGCAUGAGUCAACAUAUGUUUGUGAUUAUAUCAGAUUAUAAGUAGAAUUUCAUUUUAUGAUCGUUAUUAUAUUAAAUUGGAUUUUACAAUGUAUGCAAUAUCAGUUAAAUAUCAGAUGUAUUGUGAUGCAUUGUCUUUCCCUCACUGAGUGGAAGUUGUUAAGAAUUGCACUUGUCUUUACAGUGAUACAUAUGUCCUUUGGUCCUUUUAUUAGCUUUUGUUUUCAACUCCACUUUAUCUCUAGGGUGUAUGUCUCUAUAUCUUUCACAGUUAAAUGUAAAGAUGAUGGAAUAGAUUAUUAUUAUUUUGCUGCAAAACGUUAAUUUGCAAAUUAUGGGCCUUUAUCUGUUUUUUUCUGUAUGGAAUAUACAGUCCCAUAAUUGUGUAUUUUCAAUUUCUCUUGUUAAGAAAAAAAAUUGGCCUGCAACUAGUUUAGCAGAAUUAUUGCUGUUAGUCUUUUUGUCACCUGUAGAAUAUAUAGUGGAUAAUGUGCAUGUCCAAACAUGUGCUAUUAGGACAGUAGUGUCCGUAAUACAUUUUUAGCUUUUUUAUGCAUAUAUUUAGAGUUCUGUGUUAAAAACCUUAAUCAUGGAUUAAAUUUGUAACUUGCUGAUAGAUUAGAAGUUACCUACUUGAUUCAAUGUAUCCUUGAGCUUUAAAAUAAAUUUCAAAUCUGCUCAAAUAUUCAAUUUAAUAGUUAAUGAAUUGGUUGUAAUACUCAAGGACGUUUGAUUACCGAAUAAAUGCUCAAAUUUAAUUAUGUAAUGUAAACUAUUAUUCUAUCAAUAUUUGUAUGCCCCCGAAGAAGAACAUAUAGUGAUCAGACCGUCCGUCUGUCUGUCCUUCCAUCACACUUUGCAUUUAGGUUUGGCAUUUAGUUUCAAAAAAUGCUCAUAACUUCUAUGUCCCUUCACAUAGCAACUUGAUAUUUGGCAUGCAUGUGUAUCUCAUGGAGCUGCACAUUUUGAGUGGUGAAAGGUCAAAGUCAUCCUUCAAGGUCAAAGGUAAAAAAACAUGUAUCAAAGUGGUGCAGAAGGGGGCAUUGUGUUUCUGACACACACAUCUCUUGUUUCAUUUAUUAGAGGACAGUGCUUAUUUUGUAUAAGAAUUGCUAUAAUACUAAAUGAAGUGUCACAUGAUUUUGUCUUUUUAUUCAAUGUAAAAAAGAUGCAUUUUUUAUAAAGAUUCAAUUGAAAAUUACAUAACUUUCACAGAAAAAUCACAAAUAUGUUUCAAAAAGAUGCAAAUACAUUAUGAUUCAUGAACCAGAUGAUAAUUCCAAUACUUACUAAGGGGCAGCAAGCUGUCAUUGUUUUGCAUGAUGUGGCAAACCAAUCAAAUUGUUAACUUCAUUUUAAAGAUUUAUAUUGUUAUCAGGUAUAUGACUUUCAAAUUUACCCUGUAAUAACAGAAAAAUGUUAUACAUACAUUGCAUUGUGAGAAUGAUAUUAUACAAAAAAUAUGAGCUGUGCUCUGUGAAAAGGGGGUAUAAUUCAUCUGCGUAAAGUGUCGUCACAGAUUAGCCUGUGCACAGUCUGUACAGACGACACUUUCCGCCUUAACUGAUUUUUUGCUAAGAAAACAAAAAAUAUUUUAAAAAGGCGGAAAGUGUAGUCCCUGAUUGGCCUGUGGGGACUGCACAGGCUCAUUUGGGAAGACACUUUACGCACAUGCAUUAAUGAGCUUUUUCAAGGAGCACAGCUCACAUAUAUGUUAUUAUACAAAUAUUCAUUGUAAUCCAUUGAUAAAAAGUGAUUUAACUGAUUAAUUAAGUAUUGCAUUAGUUAACAAUUGUUGUAGGCACAUACCCAAGCAUGUUUCCUACUGCAUGAAAAGUAUUAAUUAGCAGUAUUUUUUUUAUUGGUCUUUGAUCAUACCAUACACUAUUUUUCUGUGUUGGGUGACCUCAAAAUCAAUUUUAAUAAAAGUUUCAAUGGUCAAUCCAUUUUCCUUCUGUUUUGACAAGAUUCCUGUAAUAGAGCCCAUUACAGACACAUUUAUGUUGAGAGGGGAGGGAUAACAACUAUGCUGAGAGGGUUCAUACGAGCCUUGGUCUUUGAAAACUGGGCUUAAUGCUUGUGUGUAAAUUGUCAUCCCUGAUUAGCAUGUGCAGUCCGCACAGUCUAAUCAGGGACGACAAUUUCCACUUUAAUGGUAUUUUUCAUUUAACGGAAGUCUCUUGUUAGCAAGCCUCCAGUUUACGCGGACAGUGUCAUCUCUGAUUAGCAUGUGCAGUCCGCACAGUCUAAUCAGGGGCGACAAUUUCCACUUUAAUGGUAUUUUUCAUUUAACGGAAGUAUGUUGUUAUCAAGACUCCAGUUUACGCGGACAGUGUCAUCUCUGAUUAGUCUACACAUGCAUUAAGCCCUGUUUUCCCAGAAAUUCAUCAGUAAAUGAUAGCUUGGACUUGUUUUGUUAAACAUGCAUGUAUUUAUAUCAUAUGAUACAUCAAAUACAUAAGUAUUCCUGUUCCUGUGUGAUACACCUUUUUAUGUCCCCCACCACUAUAGUGGGGGACAUAUUGUUUUUGCCCUGUCUGUUGGUUUGUUGGUUGGUUUGUUGGUUUGUUUGGUCAAACUUUUACAUUUUGCAAUAACUUUUGCAAUAUUGAAGAUAGCAACUUGAUAUUUGGCAUGCAUGUGUAUCUCAUUCAGCUGCACAUUUUGAGUGGUGAAAGGUCAAGGUCAUCCUUCAAGGUCAAAUAUAUAGCUUCAAAGAGGCGCAAAAGGGGAAAUAGUGUUUCUGACAAACACAUAUCUUGUUUUUUUUAAAUAUUCCUCAUUAGUAAGGUGCAAUGUUUUUAAGUAUUUAUUUUCACUUUGUGAUUAGGUGAUUGCAUGGCCCAGUUACAUGAAACAGGAACUGCAAUACUUUAAUGUAGUUUAUUAGUUUAAUAUGUUAUUGGUGUUUAAAUACAAUUUGGUAGGAUUUGUUUUUGAGCUCCCUUAUUGUAUGAGUUGUACUUGGAACUUAAAGUAUGAUUUGUGUUCACUGUUUUAUUAAAUAUGACACUGAAACUAUCAGUUUCUAUAAUGUUCUGUGUUCAAGACAAUAUACAAUGCAGACCACUGUUUGACCUUUUAGCUCUUGUGAGCACAUCAUGCUCAAUACAGGAUGCCAUCAUCUGCUUCUUUUUAUGCCCCCAGAUCAAAAGAUCUGGAGUAUAUUGUUUUUGGCCUGUAUGUCUGUCAUUCAUUUAUUCAUUCAUUGUAUGUGUGUGUCCCAAAACUUUAACCUUGGUUUAAGUUUGAUAACUUUUGCAAUAAUGAAGAUUGCAACUUCAUAUUUGGCAUGCAUGUACAUCUCACAGAGCUGCACAUUUUGAGUGGUGAAAAGUCAAGGUCAUCCUUCAAGGUCAAAGGUCAUGGUAUUUUUCUUUCCUAAAACUUUAACCUUCGUUAAAAUUUGGUCUUAACUUUUUGAAUAUUGAAGAUAGCAACUUGAUAUUUGGCAUGCAUGUGUAUCUCGUGGAGCUGCACAUUUUGAGUGGUGAAAGGUCAAGGUCAUCCUUCAACGUCAAAGGUCAAAUUUAUGGCUUCAAAGCGGGGCAAUAGGGGGCAUUGUCUUUCUGACUUACACAUCUCUUGUUUGUGUGCAUGCAUUAAAUGUGUGCGUAAAACUUGGCCUCCUUAAGUUCUUGACAGAUUUUAAAGAAACUACACAGGAACGAUUAUAGGGUGACACACAAAGUUGUUCAAUCAUUCCCGUCCAUUGCUUAUGUAGGCCACCUGAGGUAAAAAAAAAUAAUCUUGUAGGGUUCCCCAACCAAGUUUGUUGAAAGCAUGAGCAAUGGUUCAAAACUUGCCACACCCUAUGGGUCACAUGAUUUAUAUGAAUUUUUAGUAAAGUAAAUAACUUAAAAGCUUGCUAUGAAACUGCAUGAGUCAGGGGUUUAAAUUUGAUAUGUAUCAUUGUAUGGUGGUCCUCUACAAAGUUUGUUCAAAUAAUGCUACUGGUGUCAAAAGUGGCCUUGCACUGGGGGUUACUUGUUUUCAAUGAAAUUGAACCACCCUGUGUGAAAAGGGGGUUUAAUGCAUGUGCGUAAAGUGUCGUCCCAGAUAAGCCGGUGAUGUCGGCAUAGGCUAAUCAGUGACGACACCCUCGCUUUUAUUGUUUUUUCCUUUUAAAGGAAGACUGUUCUUGAAGAAUAUCAAGUUUAGGUGUACAGUGUCGUCCCUGAUUAGCCUUUGCAGACUGCACAGGCUAAUCUGGGACGACACUUUACACACAUGCAUUAAACCCCGUUUUCACAGAGCGGGGCUCAAUUAUCUUAACUAGUGUGAACAUGGGCUGCCUAUGUGAGAAGCAACAGUACCAACCACUGCACUACAUUGAAAGGAUCAGCAGACUAGUGAGGCUGUCCACCCUGCCUAUGUGAGAAGCAACAGUACCAACCACUGCACUACAUUGAAAGGAUCAGCAGACUAGUGAGGCUGUCCACCCUGCCUAUGUGAGAAGCAACAGUACCAACCACUGCACUACAUUGAAAGGAUCAGCAGACUAGUGAGGCUGGCCACCCUGCCCAAUUUGUAGCAGUGCCCUCUACCUUUUGUCAUUCUAUAUUCUUCUACUGUACCAAAGUAUUAAGUAUUUUUCAUAUGUACAUUAAUAGAGAAUUGUAUUCAGGUUAGAUUUGGUACACUAAUUCUUUACUAGGUUUUUAAUGUUUUAUUAAUAAUUAUGUUAUUAUAAUGAUAUAAAAAAUACAACCAAUUAGCAACAACAAAACAGUCAUAAACAUAUAAUUUAACAACACGAUUCAGAUCAGCUUAUUGAUUUGUAUAUCAAAUAAACCAUGAAAGUCUA